CCCUCAUGGAGGGGGGCUGAGUAACGUCACGGCCCCGAAAAAUUAAGGCGCUCUAUCUCGGAAACGAAAGCAUUUCGGAUUUAUUUGUUUUGUCGUGCUCAAAUGACCUGUGUGGGUAGUCCCCGGGGACGCAGGUGCUAGGGACAUUUCUACUUUUGUGGCAGACUCACGUAUUAGGGAACAAACGUCUGGAAGCCCGUUUCAGCCAGGGAAUAAACCGCGCUACGGUAUCUCGCAAUUGCGACUUUGUAUCGCAGAGGUCCGAGUUUAUAUCUCGCAAUUGCGACUUAAAAUCUCAGUUAUACCCGAGAUAUAAAGUCGCAUUUGCGAGAUAAGAAGUAGUAAUUCCGAGAUUCGAUGUCGUAAUUCCGAGAUUCGAUGUCGCCAUUGCGAGAUAUGAACUCGUAAUAACGAGACAUAAAGUCGUAAUUCUAAGAUUUUAAGUCGCAUUUGCGCGAUAUAAACUCGGACUUCUGCGAUACAAAGUCGCAACUGCGAGAGAAAAACUUGGACUUCCGAGAUACAAAGUCGCAAUUGCGAGAUAACAACGCGUUUUUUUUACGCCCUGACGGAAAAGGACUUCCAUAGGGGGGUCCAGUUUAGGCAAUAAACAAGAGCAGUUUACAUUUCCUCUUAGAUACCUGUAUGGUCUUUGCUAGCUUGGGCAUGUUAUGUUGAAAACAAAAAAAGGUAACCAGGAAAGGAGUAUCAGAUCCGAGAUUCCUUUUAAUUCCAAUUUUUUUUUGUUUUGUCUGUAUUUGUGGCUGGUGCCGGUUGAACAGAAUCAAUGUGGCCUCCGAGCCUUGCGGACGGUUUUUCCGUGCAUCUGCUCGAUGUCCGAAGCGCCUUGUUGUUUUUCUUCGCCUUUCUGAUCGUGGCGGAUCUGUUCAAAAACAGGAAGCCAAGAAACUUUCCUCCGGGUCCAUGGGAACUGCCCGUCCUAGGAAACAUUCUGAAUUUCGACACUAAACGGGCGCAUCUGUACAUUACAGAGCUUGCGGAGAGACAUGGGAACGUCUUUAGCCUUCGAAUCGGACGGAGGAUGGUGGUCCUGAACGAGCUGGUGAAAGAGAUUUUAGUCCAACAAGGAGAUGACAUUUCAGAUCGACCCAUGCCUCCUCUGAUUGAAGAUUUCUUCGAAAGGAAAGGACGGCCUUUUGAUCCCAUGUUCUUCAUCAACAACGCGGUCUCCAACAUCAUCUGCUGCUUAAUGUUCGGAGAGCGGUUUGAGUAUAGUGAUGCCAGCUUUCAGCAGAUGCUGCGGCUUUUGGAUGAGGUCAUGUACUUGCAGGGGAGCACAGGUACUGCAGUUGUACAACGCAUUCCCCAUGCUGAUGAGGAGGAUACCUGGGCCGCACCAGAAGUUCUUUUCAAAGGUGAAUGCACUGGCUGGUUUUGUGAGGUCUGAGAUCGAGGCACACAAGGAAGAUCUGGACAUCUCUGCGCCCCGGGACUACAUCGACAGCUACCUGAUCGAAAUCGAAAAGGAGACCCUGAGGCAGCUUUUGAUGAGGAAAAUUUGUCAUUCUGCACACUGGAUCUGUUUGGUGCUGGGACUGAGACCACAUCCAACACCCUGUGCUGGGCUCUCCUCUACAUGAUCAAAUACCCAGACAUCCAGCGCAAGGUGCGGGCUGAGAUUGACAGAGUGAUCGGACAGGCACGGCCCCCUGCAACAGAGGACCGAGCCAACUAACCCUACACUGACGCUGUGAUCCAUGAAAUCCAGAGAAUGGGAAACAUUGCUCCUCUCAGUAUUCCUCAUAUGACCACCAAGGACACCAACAUCCAAGGGUAUUUUCUUCCUAAGGGUACUCUAGUGAUAGCAAAUUUGACCUCUGUGAUGUUUGACAAGACUCAGUGGGAAACGCCAGACACGUUCAAUCCGGGCCAGUUUUUGGAUGCAGAUGGCCGCUUUCUAAAGAGAAACGCAUUCCCGCCAUUCUCAACAGGGAAGAGGGUGUCUGGGGAACCAGCUGGCUCGGAUGGAGCUGUUCCUAUUCUUCACUUCCCUGCUCCAGAGAUUUAGUUUCUCUCCUCCUGCUGGAGAAGAGCCCAGUCUGGAAUUCAGGAUGGGAGCCACACUCAGUCCAAAGGCAUUCCGGCUCUGUGUUGUCCCUCGCUGGAUGAAAACAUGCGGAUUAUAUUCAUUGUCAAGUCUUACUCAUCAAUUCUAAUUGACGUCUAAAAUGUCAUGAGAGAAUUAACAGGAUCAGCUGCAAGUAUAGUGGCUCUCUGAUAAGCAAGAAAGCUAUCAGAAUGUUUAGAUCACAGAUCACAUGUGAUCAUCAACAUUUGGAGGGAUUGCGAAUAGAAAUUAAUGGUGCAAGAUAUUUUACUUGUCACCUAUGUAUUUCUUUUUGAAAAGAACAAACUCCCACACAUGGUCGGAGUAUUUGGAAAUGAGGUUUUCAGCUCAGAUUUGUUAGCCUGAAUUGUUUGUGUUUAUGAGACUUAAAUCCAAAAAUAUUCAUUUCCUUCUUGGGUUUUCUUUAUCUCUCCUAUAAAGUGCUGAAAAAGUGUGCAUAUCUCUUUACUAAUGAGCUUUGGAGUUGAAAUAAAAAUGUACAAAAGUGCAAAAGUGAUUGGUAGCAAAUUGUGCCUCACAAAAAUGUUACUGUCAAUAAGAGAGAUCUGACAAGCCACUGCAUACUAAACGAAAGCACUGUAAACAUGGUUUCAAAUUUUAAAAAAUGUAUAUAAAAAAUAAAACUUAAACCAAUA